GUCGGUUCUGUCCUGUCGGUUCUUCGAAGCUUGCGUAUGUAGGGAGAGUAGCGACGUGAUGGAUACCGUAUGUAGUUGUCGUGAAUCGCGAUGGCUUACCUGCUUGCCUGCUUGACAUGCGCAUACCUGCAUACUGGAGGCGAGGAAAAUCGAGAGCGGGCGAGCUCUGGAGAAAGUCGCCUAUAUGAGUUCGUAUUCUGCCGUAUGUACAGAGUAGUACGGUUUCGGGGGCAUGCUCACGCUUGUACAUAGACAAUGUAGGAAACCUGCCGCCGGAACAUAUCUGUAAUCAGCUAUGAUCCCACCGGACUGCCAGUCUGGCGGCUUCCCCGAAUCUUGGCCUCGCGGAUGUCGCUCGCGAGGGCUACUCUCCGAGACGAUAGGUACUCUACGCAGGUACUCGCCAUAGUAAUAGUUCUAUAUAACGAAGCACGGCAUCCCCCUACCUAUGCACCUAUGCACCUACAUACAGUGUGCUCACACUAUCUCGCGUGGUCUUCAUGCUGCAUGCUUCUGCUGCUUCUGCUUCUGCUUCAUGCUACUGCUGCUUCUGCCGCCGCCACCUUUCGUUCGUUCUCGCAUCCUGCAGGGUUCCUUCGAAAUCCGAAAUUCGAAUCUUCGCAGCUGCUGUAUGGAA